UUUUACCUACACCGUGGAUUUGGACAUUGUAACUAAAAAAACACGUUUCUGCUUUUACAGGUUUCUGAAAAUGGUCCGCUACUCGCUCGACCCCGAGAACCCGACCAAAUCAUGCAAGGCCAGGGGAUCCAACCUCCGGGUCCACUUCAAGAACACCCGGGAGACGGCUCAGGCCAUUAAAGGCAUGCACAUCCGCAAAGCCAACAAGUACCUGAGAGACGUGGUGGUCCAGCACCAGUGCGUUCCCUUCCGCCGCUACAACGGCGGCGUUGGUCGCUGCGCGCAGGCUAAACAGUUCGGCUGGACCCAGGGCCGCUGGCCCAAGAAGAGCGCCGAGUUCCUGCUGCACAUGCUGAAGAACGCAGAGAGCAACGCCGAGCUGAAGGGUCUGGACGUGGACUCUCUGGUCAUCGAGCACAUCCAGGUCAACAAGGCCCCCAAGAUGAGGAGGCGCACGUACCGCGCCCACGGCCGCAUCAACCCCUACAUGAGCUCGCCCUGCCACAUCGAGAUGAUCCUCACCGAGAAGGAGCAGAUCGUCCCCAAGCCCGAGGAGGAGGUGGCCCAGAAGAAGAAGGUUUCACAGAAGAAGCUGAAGAAGCAGAAGUUGAUGGCGCGCGAGUAAAACAUCUUAAUAAAAUGUCCAACCUGUUCUCA